CCCGAUACACACCGAGAAAACAACACGAGCCUGAGCCGCCUCUCUGGAGCCUUUACACUUGAGGACUUUGUUGUUGUUUUUUGGAUAACGGGGGACUAUUACGACUUGUGGGCUUAAGGUGUGGAUUAAAUCAUAAACAAUUGGGAAACCGACGAACGGUAUCAGAAGUGACAGAACAGAAAUAGGCUACACGUUAACAGGAUAAACUGUGAAUGUAUGGAUGCUUGUUGUCUUUUUCCGGUCCUGUGAACACCUCUCUUCCACUGGAGCAAACAGACAUCCUUUUGUGCCAUUGUUCGAGUAGAUAUUGCCUGUUGAAAGAAUGAAUGCACCGAACUUACUCUGAACAAGUUGGAGGAAUAGUCGUGGAGUCAUUUUGCAAAGGCUUUAUGUGCUGACAAAACAGAUGGGACAUGCCAACUUUUUGGAGAUAUUUCUGAGGCUGUGUGGCAUCAUGGACAACAAACUGGUUCAAUGAGCCAAAGUUUAAUCUCACCCUGAGCUGUCAGUCUCAAUGGUUCUGCAAACAUCUGAGAAUAUUACCAGAUCAACAAUAAGAGGCUACUGAUCCAGCACUCCAACAAAAGAAAAGGUGCAAAGGAGAAAUAAAGUUCAGCCUCUCUCUUUUCUGCACAUACUUCUGUCAUUUACAGCCAUGAUAUCAAAAUUCUUACAGAACUGUUCGUCAUUGGUCCUGCUGUUUCCUCUUCUCCAAUUAUUGCAGUUGGACAUGCUCAACGCUGCCCCCUCUGGCCCGGAGUCUGACACUUGCUCUACCCUGGUCCAGAGUCGUUUCUUUGGUUUCUUUCUCUCAUCCUCUGUAUUUACCAGCACACCCUGCUCCUGGACCCUGCAGAACCCCGACCCACGGCGCUACACCAUAUUUAUCAAGGUCACAAAGCCAACCAGAGACUGCAUUCCCAGACAACACCGGACUUUCCAGUUCGACUCCUUCUUGGAAACAACACGAACCUUCCUUGGAAUGGAGAGCUUCGAUGAGAUAGUGAAGCUGUGUGAUGCCUCCACUCAUGUUGCCUUCAUGGAGGCAGGAAAACAAUUCUUGCAGAUCCGGAAAGGGCUGCCCAGAGCAGGCGCCGGGCCCAGGAAUGGGGAAGGGGAGUUUAAGGUUGAAUAUCUUGUGGUUGGGAAGCGUAAUCCAAGCAUGGCUGCCUGUCAAAUGCUGUGCCAGUGGUUGGAGGACUGCCUCACCUACAGUACCUCCAACCGGCCUUGUGGAAUCAUGCAGACACCAUGCCAAUGCUGGGACCAGCCUCCAUCUGACAAAGAGACUAAUGGAUGCUACAGAGAUGGAAUCUACUUGGAGAACUGCAUCCCUGUAGUGAAAGAGGGAAUGGCAGAUAUUGACACAAGUGGUGGCUGGAGUGGGUGGGGCAACUGGGCGGAGUGUAGCAGUGAAUGUGAGGGCGGGGUCCAGACACGUACACGUACUUGUCAAUCACCUCCUGAGGAGGCGUACCUGUGUGAGGGAGUUCUGGAGGAGGGCCGCCCUUGCAACGCACAGCCUUGCAUUGGCAAAGGCCGACUUGGCACUCGUAGCCAGUCCCUGCGCUCUGUGGACAGCCGUAAACGGGAGGUCUCAGAUAAGACUCGCAGCGGACAGCAGUCUUCCCAAACAGUGGAUCCUCCGUCGGGUGAGGAGUGGUCUGCGUGGAGCGUGUGUUCGGCCACGUGCGGUGAGGGCUGGCAAAGCCGCACGCGCUUCUGCGUCUCCGUGUCGUACAGCACGCAGUGCAGCGGGCCACUGCGCGAACAGAGACCCUGCAAUAACACUGCUGUGUGUCCAGCCGCUCUGAUUGCAGUGCACGGGGCAUGGGACGAGUGGUCUCCAUGGAGCUUGUGUUCUUCAACGUGCGGCCGUGGCUACAGGGAUCGCACACGCUCCUGCAAACCGCCACAGUUCGGAGGAAACCCCUGCGAGGGUCCGGAGAAGCAGACCAAAUUCUGCAACAUCGCUGUGUGCCCAGUGGACGGCGUGUGGAAUGAGUGGUCCAACUGGAGUUCCUGUUCUUCAUCCUGUUCUAAUGGGACAAUGCAGCGCACACGGGAGUGUAAUGGGCCCUCGUAUGGGGGCUUAGAGUGUCAGGGCGAGUGGCUGCAGAAACAGGAUUGCUUCCUAAGAGAGUGUCCUGUUGAUGGUCAAUGGCAGCUCUGGAGCUCUUGGGCUGGUUGUACCAAAACAUGUGGUGGAGGGAGCCAACAAAGGCAAAGGGUGUGCUAUGGCCCCUUCUUUGGUGGGGAGUCAUGUCCAGGGGACAGAGAGGAAGUUCGACGUUGCAAUGAGAAGAGAUGUCCUGAGCCACAUGAGAUCUGUGAAGAGGAGAAUUUCUCCAACGUAGUGUGGAAGAGAACUCCUGCAGGAGACACAGCGGCUGUCCGCUGCCCUCCAAAUGCUGUGGGACUAAUUCUUCGGCAAUGUUCAUUGGACAAUGAGGGCAUUGCAUACUGGGAGAACCCAACUUACAUGAAGUGUGUCUCUAAUGAUUACCGCAGUAUCCAAACACUGACCAGAGAUCACUUGUCUAAGGCUCAGAGGGGGCUUGUGGGAGAUGGGGUUUCUGAGGUGAUGACCAAAUUGAGGGUGACCUCCAGUGAUGGAACAAGCUACAGUGGAGACCUUCUAGCUAUCAUAGAUGUACUAAAGAACAUGACAGAGAUCUUUAGGAGAUCUUAUUACAGCCCCAGUAAUGCAGACAUGAGAAAUUUUGUGCAGUCAGUUAGUAACCUACUAAUGGAAGAAAACAGGGAGAGGUGGGAGGAGGCCCAACUGCUGGGCCCUAAUGUUAAGGAGCUGUUUCGUCUAGUGGAGGACUUUGUGGACGUCAUCAGUCUUCGCAUGAAGGACUUCCAAGAUAACUAUGAGGUUACAGACAACUUGGUGUUGAGUAUUCACAAGCGGCCUGUCGCCGGAAAUUCAGAUAUCACUUUUCCCAUGAAGGGAUGGAGGGGGAUGGUGGACUGGGCUCGCAACUCUGAGGACAAAGUUAGAGUGGCCAAAAACAUCCUUGUCACUGAAAAAACAAAUGAAGAAGAUGCAUCAGCUUUUGUGACUGGCAUUGUACUCUACAGAAACUUAGGCAGUAUUCUCUCUCUACAGAGAAAUAGCACAGUGCUGAACUCCAAGGUGAUCUCUGUGACAAUCAAACCCACCCCAAGCUCCCUCUCAACUCCACUAGAGGUUGAGUUCUCCCACCUAUACAAUGGUACCACAAACCAAACCUGCAUUUCCUGGGAUGAGAAUGACAGCUCGUCGUUGCUGGGCUCCUGGUCUGCGCGCGGCUGUAGAGCCGUGCCCGUCGACUCCAGCACAACCAAAUGCUUGUGUGACAGACUCUCCACCUUCGCCAUUUUAGCACGCCUUAAUCCCGAUGUGAACAUGGAUAAGACACAGAUUCCAUCAGUGACUCUGAUCGUCGGCUGCGGGGUCUCGUCCCUUACCCUGCUGCUACUCAUCAUCAUCUAUGUGUCUGUUUGGAGAUAUAUCCGCUCAGAACGCUCCGUCAUCCUCAUCAACUUCUGUCUGUCCAUCAUCUCCUCCAACGCUCUCAUACUCAUCGGACAAACUCAGACUCGGAACAAGGUUGUUUGUACUCUUGUUGCUGCUUUUCUGCACUUCUUCUUUCUCUCCUCUUUCUGUUGGGUUCUGACAGAGGCGUGGCAAUCUUACAUGGCCGUGACUGGCCGUCUUAGAAACCGCAUCAUACGCAAGCGUUUCCUCUGCCUUGGUUGGGGUUUACCUGCUCUUGUUGUAGCAAUUUCUGUUGGUUUCACCAAGGCAAAGGGAUAUGGCACUGCUAACUAUUGCUGGCUGUCUCUGGAAGGUGGACUAUUGUAUGCAUUUGUUGGACCAGCCGCUGCUGUCGUCUUGGUUAACAUGGUUAUCGGGAUUCUGGUUUUUAACAAACUGGUUUCCAAAGAUGGCAUAACUGAUAUGAAACUCAAGGAGAGGGCAGGUCAGAUGACAGUGCCACUGUACAAUAUGACGCUCAAAUGUGCCAAGUGCGGAGUUAUCUCAUCGGCUGACGUUUCCACCACAGCUACCAGUAACGCCAUGGCGUCGCUGUGGAGCUCCUGUGUUGUACUGCCACUGCUGGCCCUCACAUGGAUGUCUGCAGUUCUGGCCAUUACUGACCGCCGCUCGGCCCUGUUUCAGAUCCUCUUUGCUGUUUUUGACUCCCUUGAGGGCUUUGUCAUUGUAAUGGUGCAUUGCAUCCUACGCAGAGAGGUCCAAGAAGCUGUAAAGUGUCGAGUUGUUGAUCACCAAGAAGAUGGAAAUGGUGACUCUGGUGGAUCUAUCCAGAACGGCCAUGCUCAGCUGAUGACUGACUUUGAGAAGGAUGUGGACAUGGCUUGCCGAUCAGGCACCCUGAAACGUUCCUCCCUACAAGGUGAGGAGAAAGUAGCUUCACAGCAAAUCACAGUACAGAAAGGCUCCAACUUUAAUACUCUUCCUGCCAGCUUGGCAAAGGUCCACCUGCAAAACGUUGCUGACUAUGCCAGCCACACACUCACCAUGCGGCGUGAAAAGGGAGCCAUUGCCGGGGUCAGCACCGAGCUGCCUGGAGCCAAAUCUAUCUACAUAUGUGACGGAGAGCUCUUCAAGCAGCUGGACAGAGCUCCAGGAGACAAUGGUGGACCCGAAGGAGGAGGAUCAGGCCAGGGUUAUGUCCUCUUACCCAACAACAACAACACCCUAAGGCCUGCAAAGGGUGGCAAGGAGGACCAAGCCACCAAGUACAACAUUAGCAUUGAACAGUUACCCCAGACCAGGCUCAUCCAUCUGGCCAACACUUCUGGUGCAGAUCCCGUGACAGGCUUUGGGCUGAAGAGCCUCCCCACUGACCGAGUUAGCGUUUCCUGCACGGAGAGGGACUCCCCUGUGCAGACAGUACAGAACAUCUCCAGUGAGUCCCAGAUGACCAACAACACAUGCGAGCCAGGGGACUCUGUCAACUCGGGCAUGAUGUCUAAGUGUGAAACCGUCUCCACACUGUCUAUGAGCUCUCUGGAGAGACGAAAAUCACGCUAUGCAGAGCUGGACUUCGAGUCUUGUUGUAUCUUACAGAAGAUCAUGCAUACACGAAAGCGCCAUCAGGACAUGUUCCAAGACUUAAACAGGAAGCUACACCAUGCAGAGAAGGACAGAGACUCUCCUCCAGUGGAUGGGAAGGCUGGGAAGAGAUGGAGUGUGUCCUCAGGAGGCAGUGAUAAAACCAACCUUAGUGACAAGCAGCAGACCCCCAGUAAGAGAGCGUGGGAGGGCAUCCGGAAGACCCACUCCCCACCAUCAUGGGUGCGUAAAGAGCUGGAACCUCUGCAGGCCUCCCCACUUGAGAUGCAGGCAGUGGAAUGGGAGAAGGCCAGUGCUACCAUCCCUCUGGUGGGCCAGGAAAUCAUGGACCUGCAGACGGAGGUCUGAGAGACUGCCAGUGCUACUCUGAGAAACAGAAUAAACUCUACUUGCAGGGAAAAUGGAUAAAGAGAAGGAUGUGUAAGAAAAAGUGUGUGAAAUAAAACAGGACAACAAAUAAAAAGUCUGUCUGAAAGACACUGAAAGUUUGGGAGAAAGAAAAAGUCACUGAGAGAAAGGAACAUGAAAUUGUGGCUGUGCAAUUUUUUUUUUUUUUUUUUUCCUGGAAUGGCCUUUUCCUUAAUGUCAAAGCGAAUCAUAACACUUUUGAAAAAUCAGGUCUGAGCCUGUUGCCAUGGUAAUAAGCUGGCAUGACCAAGAAUGGCUGAACUGGGCAAAUCAAGUGGUGACCCUCUUUGGCAUUCUGGGAUGUUGCCAUGGGAACGUUGGGAGUGAGUGACUGAAGAGAAGGACUGAAAUUCAGGCAAUGAGCAGAUGAGCCUUAGCGAAUGGCCUUCAAUUAUUUACAACCUCUGGAUACACACAAACAUACACAUAUAUUAGUGAUUCUGUCAUCAAUGGUUAAAAAGAGUACAUUAUGGAUGGGAGAUUUGGAACUAAAUCUACAGAAAGCUUUCAAACUACCUGGCAGGAAUCAGGAGAGACAUAUAAUUCAAAUGAAAAACUCUAAUUAUAGAUAUUAUUAUUAUUCUCUUUGUUGUUGCUGUUAGUAUGACACAACAUACACUUGGGGUGUGUGGGGUGAUGUGAUCAGUGAGUUGUCCUUCGCCCACAAUGCAGUGCCCAAAGCCAUCUGCAUAUGACUGUUAAUCUGUCUCAAACGCUCUCCCGUUAUAGCAAGAAAAUCCCUCCAAGCCAGUAUCGCCCACAGCAGUGCCACUCAUGCCUACAACUUAGCUACUGUGCUGUUUUGUGCACCUCACCGACCCAUGGACUCUUCAAAGACGGCAGUGAAAGUUGCAAAUUCCAUUGGUCACUGUCUCAGUGACAUCAGCAGACUUGUCAAGUAAUCUUACCAGUGCAUUUGUCAGUGACUGUGGAACAGUAAGUUAGCAGGGCCAGAGUUGGUCAAGGUUGGUGGGUUUGUGCAUUCUUCAUGCUAAACCAACAUGAUUUCAUUCGCUUGAUGUUUAAGCCUUGGUGUUUUCAUCAGAAUCACUGGUGAGAAUCGUACAGAAUCGUGUUUGAAAAGAAAAUGGAAAUAUGAAUGAAUAUAUAUAUAUAUAUAUAUAUAUAUAUAUAUAUAUAUAUAUAUAUAUAUAUAUAUAUAUAUAUAUAUAUUAUAAAUAGUCGUAGAGGGGUGAUAUUCUCUUGUAAGGUCGUGGUUGCACGUAGAGAAAGCACAAGACUCACUCCUCAAGAGUCCUGUUGUACAGCAUUGUAAUUAUUUCCAAAGGAGUUCUACAAAAAUUAAUUUUAGCAUAUAAAUAUCUUUCUUACUGUACUUGGGGAAUAUCAUUAUCAUUAUUCUAGAUAUUACUGCAAUUCUGAGAUCCCCAAAUCUCAAUGGGUUACUGGACUAUAUCAGUGUUCUGUAACUUCAUGUAAUAGUGUGUAUUUUUGGUAUCACUGACUCACUCCAGAUGAUACUUACUUGCCUGAAUUCUCCACCAUCGCCCAUCCUUUACCCUCUCCUCCCUGCCUUUCCACACUCCCUUUUUUUAAGUUUACUGGGGUUUCUUUGUUAUUGUACAGUUUUCAGAGCACAAAAUGAAUGUGUAAAAUUUCUAAUAAAAAGUAUAUCUAUAUAAUAAA